AUGGGGAACAGCACUGAAAGUAUUGUGCACGGAUGGGUGCCAAGUCCUGAAGGCAGAGGUAGUCUUGAUAUCUUAAGGUCUUGUUGCACUACAAUCAUUCUUUGCUGCUGGGUAUCCGUGUAUCCCAACGUUGGCUCCCCGAACGACAGCAAGUGGCAUCCACUCGUCGACAAAUUCAACCUCUUCUGUAUCAGCUUGCUGGGGCCUGAUUUUCUCUUUGAAAUUGCGUGGGGACAGUUCGAAAGUGCAAGGAAAAGUGUAAGGGUUUUCAGGAAUGAUACCAGGCUCAACAAGACUUUUGAGUGGACAUAUAGACAUGCGUUCUUUGUCGAUAUGGGCGGCAUACACUUGAGGAGCCCUGAUUUCCCUGAAGGAUCCCCCAUCGAUGCCCGGCAACUAUAUUACCUCCUUUCCCAAGACUACAUAGACAUGCCGGAUAUGGGGCAGAUGGCCAUUGAGGAGCGCAAUUCCGCGGAUACAUUGUCUCGACUGAUCGCCGUAUCUCAGGCAUUUUGGUUCUUAGUAUCCACGUUCGAGCGCUUUCGCCUGGGUAUAUCAGUUACGACGUUGGAGCUGACGACUGUUGCAUUUUCGCUCAUGAUGUUAGCGACAUCCAUUACUUGGUUUCACAAGCCGUCUAUCAGCAGACCCCGGCAUAUUUCUACGAAGAACGACAUCACCACUCAUCCGCAACUACCGGAUCAGUGGUACCGAACCCCGCUCGAGUAUAUCAGCCAUGACCGUUUUGGCAUUGACAUCCACUGGAAAUACUACACCCGAAUCACCCACAUACUCCGGAUGCCGAUCUUCUCGCGGCGGGUUCGGAGCCGACCGUGGGAUCGGUUUCCCUCGGACACGUGGCUGAGGCCGGAGUACAAGUACUCACCCUUGGCCAUCAUUAUCCUGCUGGGAUUCAGCGCGCUGUUCCUCGUGGCGUGGGACUUUUACUUUCCCACGUACACGGAGAAAGUGCUUUGGCGGAUCUGCAGUGUCUACAAUGCCGCCUUCUCGAUCUACGGUGGAGUCUAUUAUUUCGUGGAGAUGGUCGACAUGCCUGGGCCAGCCCGAAGAUGUCGUCGAUCUCCGUAUAACCACGAUAACAGCGACUCGAGCACGGGGACCACCCUGGUAAGCGUGCGCGAGAGUCUACUCGGUUUGCGGAACAUCUCCGAAGAGUAUGAUCCGGACAUGGCGGUCUCGUUCCGCGUGCUAGUCCCUGUGACGAUAAUAUGUGCCCUGUACGUCUUCGCACGCGGGUAUAUCUACGUGGAGGACUUCAUCGCGCUGCGGGCGCAGCCCAGCGGGGCGUAUGCCGACGUGAAAAGAGCUCUACUCUAUCUCGGAUGA